GCCCGCGAUGGAGGGGGCCCAGCGGGGGCCGGGCUGGCUGCGCCGCAGGCGGCGGCGGCUGCUGGCGGCCUGGCUGAGCUGCACGCUGCUGGCCCUCUACGCCAGCCUGCCGGAGCUGCCCCCGCUGGACGCGCGGCCUGGCCGGCCGCGGCCCCCGCCGGAGGUGAGCGUGCUGCUGUGGUGGGAGCCCUUCGGCCGCCGCCGCCAUAUGACCGACUGCCAGCGGCGCUUCAACAUCAGCGGCUGCCGGCCCAGCGCCGACCGCGGCCGCUACCGGGAGGCGCAGGCUGUGAUCUUCCACCACCGGGACCUCGUCCUCCACGGCCUGGGCCAGCUGCCCGCCGGCCCCCCGCAGCGCCCCCCGGCCCAGCGGUGGGUGUGGAUGAACUUCGAGUCCCCCUCGCACUCGCCCGGGCUCAGGGACCUGGCUGGCAUCUUCAACUGGACCAUGUCCUACCGGCUGGACUCGGACAUCUUCGUGCCCUACGGGUACCUCCGUGCCCGGCGGGCGUCCUCGCGCUUCAGCCUGCCCCGCAAGACCAAGCUGGUGGCCUGGGUCAUCAGCAACUGGAACGAGGCGCAUGCCAGGGUGCGCUACUACCACCAGCUGAGGAGGUACGUCCCCAUCGACGUGUAUGGGGCCCAAGGCCUGGCGCUGGAGGAGGACAGCCUGGUGAGGACCGUCUCCCAGUACAAGUUCUACUUGGCCUUUGAAAACUCCCAGCACCCUGACUACAUCACCGAGAAGCUGUGGCAGAAUGCCUUCAAAUCCAGCGCCGUGCCCGUCGUGCUGGGCCCUUCCAGGUCCAACUACGAGCUUUUUGUCCCGCCCGACUCCUUCAUCCACGUCGACGACUUCUCCAGCCCUAGGAAGUUAGCUAGCUACCUGAAAUUCCUUGACCAAAACAAAUCCCUCUACAGGCAGUACUUCACCUGGAGGGACAAAUAUGAUGUUCAUAUGACUUCGUUCUGGGAUGAGCAAUACUGCAAGGUUUGCGAGGCUGUCAGGACAGCUGGGGAGCAGCUCAAGACCGUACAAAAUUUAGCCAGCUGGUUUGAAAGCUGAUAAUGUUGGUUGGGGAGGUUUUCUUCUCCUGGGGAUGCAGUGCAGUCAAACCAAGGCUUAAAAAGUACCGCUUCUCAGGGGGUCACGCACCCGCCAAAAAAAAUAGAGGAUUUCAGAAGUGUGUCUGAGCUGUCGCUUGAGAGGCAGGAUUAAAAAUGUGGGUGAACAGACCAUCAGACCACUAUAUGUUUGUUACGAACCUAUGCAAUUCCAUCUUUGGGCUAUGACAGACCCAGCACUUUCUCAAGAACUUGAUUAUCUGGUCAUCCAGAGCGGAAACCAUAAAUACAGCAUGGUGUUAGACACAAAUAAACUAUGCCAAUUUCUGUCACUGAGUCAAUUUUGUCAGCUGUGACAGUUUCCAGGAUUGUGAGACUUCCUCAUACUGUUCUGACUGUGUAUUUUUAUUCCCUUCUGGGAACAUAUUUCUGCUGCACAAAGGCAAAUGUAUUAACAGUGAUCACUAGGAAGAUACAAACUCCUUUGCAUACAAAUUCCGACCCUGGUGCCUUUAAUGUAAUAUUAUAACAAUGCACAGGCAAUUUUUGGCAGUGUUUUAAAGAGCUAUAACCAAAAUUAAAAAUGGAAAAAUCCUUUACUAGGCAUCUUAAAAGUCCCAGUGAGGAAGAAGUGUGUGGAAGGAUGUGGCUGUGAGUAGAAAAAUAACAAGCUCUGAAGGGUAACAAGUAAUUCCUCUGCUGUCUACUGAAACUAAGUGCAUUCCUGCCUUGUAUGAAGGUGAAGAAGAGACCUAGGGAAAGGAGAGGAAGGAAUACAGAAAUAAAGCAGAAGCUCUUCCAUCUUUGCUUUAUUCAGGAAUCAGAAUGCAUGUUUUCCUUUGCAACAGUACUGCCACACAGGAAAUGGCAGGGGAAGGUUCAGAACAACGCAGAUUUUGUUACUACAGAUGAAACAUUUAUGAAAAGGUUAAUUUAUUUCUUUAUUAUUAGAAGUUCUUGUAUAAUGGUUAAUCUAGGCUUGCAACAUGAAUUUUUAAUCAGUCUAUCAGGUGGUGGACAAUUCAAAAUGCUGUUUUGUGGUAAAUUGUAAAUACAGUUCCCUUUCUUACAGAAAAACAUUAUGGAAAACUAGGUCUAAGCUAUAUUUUUAAAAUAUUUGAUACUAAGAAAGAAUGCAAAUGGAGGAGGACAGAGAUCUAUUAUUUAUUGAGUUUAUUUUUCUGAUACCUUUAUUCCAGCUUUUUUGUUUUGUUUUUGUUUUGUUUGUUUGUUUAGAUAAAAUGAGGUCCCUAGGCUAGAAACUUUCCUGUUAGUGCAGUGGGUCCCAACUCUUUAAUGCAAUUGUGUCAGUUUGCCAGACUAAGAUUUUGGCAUACCAGUCAGUAUUUUUUACCUCCUAGUUCAGUGAUCCCCAACUUUUCUGUGGGAAUAGCACAUUCAUAUUCCCAGAAGACUCUGGCGGGUGCCAAACACCCCGCCACCGAAAUGCUGCCGAGAAACAGCGGGCAGUUCUCUGGCGGCAUUUCGGUGGCACGGUGUCCUGCGGGUGCACACAACUGCCCCGGUGGGCGCCAUUGCGCCUAUGGGCACCGCGUUGGGGACCCCUCUCCUAGUUCCUUGCCAUCUCCAGUGUCUGCAAGCUUUCUAACCCACAAAGGGCCUUGGGCGGCUCUCCUCUGGUGUUUCAGGUGCCCAAGCUUUAUUGCAGGUUAAAGUGCACACAGUUGAAUGGGAAGCAGACAGUUGCCACACACUGGAGUGCAAUACAGACAAUUAUGGGCCUCCUUCUGCAACCCCUGGACCUCAGUAGGAGUAGGAUUGGGUCUAAAGGAAGGAAGGGGGAGACCAGUUUCAAAAGAAUGGCAUGUCAGUACAGGUAAGUUUACCAGCAUUGGGGACCAGUGUUCUGAAGAGGUUUGGACUUGAUCUGAACUUAUUACAUGGCGAGUUGCUAGUUUUGAGAUUCAUUUGCUGUCAGCAGAUUAUAAUAUAUUUUAAAUCAGUGGUUCCCCAUGGCUAGGUAGAUGGUAAAGUGACACUUCUGUACUUUAUUGAAAAAACUUAUAAUAAUAAUAAUAAUAAAACUGGUACAUGGGCCACUGGCUGGUGGUCAGGUCACACUGCUGGUUCCCAUCUGUAUUCCUGGUUGCUAAAAUUUAAGUAAAAUGCAGCUAAAAGCACUUCAUAUUCUUUCCUGAUCUUACUCUUUGAUAUUGGCAAUUGCCAUAGUUGCUGCAGGGAUAGUAUAUGAUUCUGAAUGGCAAGGAAGAUGGUCUGCCCAAUUGGGAGUGGGAUGGGAGGGUCUGUGAGACUCAUUAACUUUUUCCAUGAUGUGGACAUUUUAGAGAACCACAGUUUGGAGUGCUAAUCUAAAGUUCUGAUUUAUCAUUUAUUGCAUAAAUUGUAGGGCUGUUGAUUAAUCGCAGUUAACUCGUGAUUAAUGAAAAAAACUAAUCACAGUUUUAAUGGCACUAUUAAACAAUAGAAUACCAAUUGAAAUUUAUUACAUAUUUUGGAUGUUGUUUUUCUACAUUUUCAAAUAGUAUUCUGUGUUGUAACUGAAAUCAAA